GAGCGUUCCUGAGGUGGAGAACGGCGGCCGGACGGAACGACUUCGGGACUGAGGGACUGGCGGUCGGGCGGGCCGAGAGGCGCCGCCGAGGCCGGGCUGGGCCGAGCCGAGGAGCUCCGGGGAUGUAGCGGGCCACCCUGCCCAUGCCACAGCGCCCGGCUGCGGGCGGAGCCGGAGCCGGAGCCUGGGGAGGCGGCGGGGGCCCGGAGCACAGCCCGCGCCCCCCGCGCGGAGCCAGGCCCGCUGCCGUCCCCGCCGCCCGGGCCCCCGGCAUGCAGCUCCGGCUGCGGAGGUGACACUCGGGCCGGAGCCGCCGCCGCCGCCAUCGCCACCAUGGACGAGCAGGAGGCAUUGAACUCGAUCAUGAAGGACCUGGUGGCCCUCCAGAUGAGCCGACGUCCCCGGGUGCCUGGAUAUGAGACCAUGAAGAGCAAAGACACGGGUCACCCAAAUAGGCAGAAAAAGCAUAACAGCAGCAGCUCAGCCCUUCUGAACAGCCCCACAGUAACAACAGGCUCAUGUGCAGGGGCCAGUGAGAAAAAGAAAUUUUUGAGUGACGUCAGAAUCAAGUUCGAACACAAUGGGGAGAGGCGAAUUAUAGCAUUCAGCCGGCCUGUGAGAUACGAAGAUGUGGAGCACAAGGUGACAGCAGUGUUUGGGCAGCCUCUGGAUCUACAUUACAUGAACAAUGAGCUCUCCAUCCUGCUGAAGAAUCAAGAUGAUCUUGACAAAGCAAUUGACAUUUUGGAUAGAAGCUCAAGCAUGAAAAGUCUUAGAAUAUUGUUGCUGUCCCAGGACAGAAACCAUACCAGUUCCUCUCCCCACUCCGGGGUGUCCAGGCAAGUGCGAAUCAAAGCUUCCCAGUCUGCGGGAGAUGUAAAUACCAUCUACCAGCCCCCUGAGUCCAGGAGCAGGCACCUCUCUGUCAGCUCCCAGAACCCUGGCCGAAGCUCACCUCCCCCUGGCUAUGUGCCCGAGCGGCAGCAGCGCAUCGCCCGGCAGGGCUCCUACACCAGCAUCAACAGCGAGGGCGAGUUCAUACCAGAGACCAGCGAGCAGUGCAUGCUGGAUCCUCUGAGCAGUGCUGAAAACUCCUUGUCAGGAAGCUGCCAGUCCUUGGACAGCCCAUCCUUCCGGAAAUCACGAAUGUCCCGAGCCCAGAGCUUCCCAGACAACAGACAGGAAUUCUCGGAUCGGGAAACUCAGCUCUAUGACAAAGGGGUCAAAGGUGGAACCUACCCCCGGCGCUACCACGUGUCCGUGCACCACAAGGACUACAGUGACGGCAGAAGAACGUUUCCCCGAAUACGGCGUCAUCAAGGCAACCUGUUCACCCUGGUGCCCUCUAGCCGCUCCCUGAGCACAAACGGCGAGAACAUGGGCCUGGCAGUGCAGUACCUGGACCCCCGAGGGCGCCUGCGGAGCGCCGACAGCGAGAAUGCCCUCUCUGUGCAGGAGAGGAGUGUGCCCACCAAGUCUCCCAGUGCCCCUAUUAAUUGGCGCCGGGGGAAGCUCCUAGGCCAGGGUGCCUUUGGCAGGGUCUAUUUGUGCUAUGACGUGGACACAGGACGAGAACUUGCUUCCAAGCAGGUGCAGUUUGACCCAGACAGUCCUGAGACAAGCAAGGAGGUGAGUGCUCUGGAGUGCGAGAUCCAGUUGCUGAAGAAUUUGCAGCAUGAGCGCAUAGUGCAGUACUAUGGCUGCCUGCGGGACCGCGCCGAGAAGACUCUGACCAUCUUCAUGGAGUACAUGCCAGGGGGUUCAGUGAAAGACCAGCUGAAGGCCUACGGUGCUCUGACAGAGAGCGUGACCCGGAAGUACACCCGGCAGAUACUGGAAGGCAUGUCCUACUUGCACAGCAACAUGAUUGUUCACCGGGACAUCAAGGGAGCCAACAUCCUGCGAGAUUCUGCUGGAAAUGUGAAGCUGGGGGACUUUGGGGCCAGCAAGCGCCUGCAAACCAUUUGCAUGUCUGGCACGGGCAUGCGCUCAGUCACUGGCACUCCCUACUGGAUGAGCCCCGAGGUGAUCAGCGGUGAGGGCUACGGAAGGAAGGCAGACGUGUGGAGCCUGGGCUGCACGGUGGUGGAGAUGCUGACAGAGAAACCACCUUGGGCAGAGUAUGAAGCUAUGGCCGCCAUUUUCAAGAUCGCCACCCAGCCCACCAACCCUCAGCUGCCCUCCCACAUCUCUGAACACGGCCGGGACUUCCUGAGGCGCAUUUUUGUGGAGGCCCGCCAGAGACCUUCGGCCGAGGAGCUGCUCACACACCACUUUGCACAGCUUGUGUACUGAGCUCUCAAGGCCACACUGUUGCCGGCCGCCCCUUCUGCAUGGGCGAGGGGCUGCUGAGGGGCUCAGCAAAGUUGGGCCAUGGACCACGGAGCUGAGUCCGGCCAGCGUUGUCUGUGCCCUUUUGCUGCUGGGGCCCGGGGCCAGGGAGGGCGGCUGCAGCCUCAUGGACUGGGAGCCCCCAGCCUGCCAGACCCGAAGCACCAGCGUCCUCAGCUCAGCCUGGAGGGGAAGGAGCUGGAACAGUGUGCGAAGCACCCAGGGCCCCACCCUGGGGGCUGUGUCUUGACAUGGCCAUCAGCACCAGACCCCAGAGAGUCUGGGGCACAGGAUGGACACAAGGGUCUGAAUAGUGUUACUUUCAUUCAGAGUGUUACUUUGUUUCUCCUCCCCAUGUCUGGAGACCACCAGGGCAUCUCUGGGCUGAUGAGCCCACCCAAGCCUGAGGUAAAGCCCAGCACCCCACAGCCAAUGGAGAGCAGAGGCCUGGGCGGCCCUCUCCCUGGAGCCCCAGGCCAGCUUUGCCAGCCCCUGUCCUUUACCAAAGAUGAAUGAAGCAACUGUUAUGCUGCCUUAUUCAGGGAAGGAGGAGCCUGUCCUGCCUGCCCCAAUGACCCUGCCCCCCCACCACACACCCUCAAGCAGGGGCCUAAGAUGUGGAACUGCCCCCAUUGAGGGGAGACCCAGUUCUGUCAAUGCAAUUGUUUGUGUUUUACAAGUUGGAGUCACUCUUAUGCUGUACCCAGUUUCUAAACUGGCAACUUCGUGUGCCCUCUGGGCUCUGAGUACCCCUGCUGUGGGCUGGGGCCUUGGGCCAGAUUGGAAAGAGCUGAGGGUCAUGGCCCCAGGCCUUGUGCUCCUGGCUGGCACCUCUUCCCCCACUGGAGCAGAGAAGACGACAGACAAUACGGUGAGGGCAUCUGAGCCGGCUGGCUACCCUGAGUGGAGCGUCCCGCAGAGCCGGGGAGUUGUAUCAGGCUGUCUGCGGGUUGUGACCUGCUAGGCCAGAGCUCUGCCUGGUGGAAGGGAGAGCCUGUGUGAUGCCACCACCUGUGUCGGGAACCUCCAGCUCUGUUCCUCCAUGGCCAGCCUCACCCAUCCCCACGAGGUCUCAGCUUCUUUCCCUUCUCGCUCCCCUGGGGGUGGAAUGGCAGCAGGGCUCGGGGAGCCAGUAUCUUCAAGCAGCUUAGAGUCGGCCUUACUUACCUCAGCCUGGGCGCUGGUCCUUUCUUCCGGCCCCUCCCCUCCAAAAUGUGCCUAUUGCUAGAGCUCCUCCCUCUCAACACCCAGUUUCCUUGGGAGUUGUUGUUAAAAGAGAAAAAAAAAAAAAAAAGCCAGUGCCCAGGGAUGGGUGUCUCCAAGGAGCUGGGGAUUCGUGCCAGGCAGCUCAUUGCCAGCCAUGCCCACUCCCCCACGGGCACCAGAACAAGCCAAAGCCUUCGUUGUAUGUUGACGAUGCACUUUUAUGAAUGUAGUUUCUAUCGCUGUUUUUAGCCUUUUCACAUCAUGUAAUGUGAGGCCUUGUACUUGUUAAUUUAUAUCUCAGAUCAUAUUUGAUGGUUUUUAUAUAUAUCAAUUCUAGACUGUUACAGGUGAUGGACGCCUCAAGAGAGAGAAGAUCAAACGAAAGCAGCUGGUUUUGCAGGAAUGUGUGUUGCACGGUGCCAGUUGGGCCUGGGCCUCUGUUUCCAUCCUCGCCCCCAAGGGCCUCCAUCAGGCACCCCAGCCAGGCCCUCUGAAGACAGUGAGUGUAUGCUCCUGCCUCCACCUCGGCUCUUGCCCAGGGAGGGGACUGGCCCCUUGUCUCGACCAAAGCUGCUGAUUGGCAGCUCGGCCUCUCCACAACCCCGUCCUGAUGGCUGUAGCAUUCUUCUUGGGCCCACACCCCAAUCCCCAGUCCCCGACUCCAACAGGAAAGUGGUGCCGGUGCCAGAUGAGACGACUCUGUCCCAGGUUCAGGCUCUCACAGAGCCCCACCCCCGGGGUCUUACCUCACAGGGAAUGUGUUCUUAAAAAUGAAUUUGCCAACAAGCCAACAAAUCCUACACUCCAAAAAAACAAGACCCUGAUUUUUUUUUUUUUUUUUUGUGCCAAAAACUGUGGACAUGCUGGCUCAGCAUCCUCAGGACCAAGCUGUUGCUUAAUUUUAAUUUAUUGUUUUUUUUUUUUUAAUUAAAUAAUCCAGAUGAAAAGUUGUGGGGCCUAGGAUGGCCUGGCCCAAAGGAUCUGAAGGGCCAUCUCCUAGCAGUCCCAGGCUGGCUGUGGGAAGGGCCAUGCCACCAUUUGCUUAUCAUUCCGUGGGGUAUUUCGGCCUUGGCCAACCCAACAUGGAGAGGCCAGGGCUGGGGACAGUCCACUCUCCACUGCCCUCCUGCCCACCCCAGCUCUGUGAGUCUGAAUUGUGGAACGUGCAGAAGAACCUGCAGCCAUAGUUAUUUGACUAUAUCUUGACCGAGGGCUUGCAGUGCAAAGCCAGGCCAGUGUCGUGCAUUACUUACAAUAAAAGGGAUCAUUUAUACCCAA